CACAUCAUACAACUUCCCACUGGAUUGCGUCUCAUGGAGUUUGCCAUGGCAGUGAACAGCACAUUUGUGAGUUUUGACGGUGGUAUUCAGCAGUUAGAAGGUGAAGAUACUAGAAUAAUCGUUCCGGCUAUUCUCAGUACAAUCAGUGGGCUUGGGAUCGGUGGGAAUGUGCUGGUGCUUGUGGUACUAAUCUACGUUUUCGCCAGCCAGAGCGCAUCCGAGGCAAACGUGAUGCUCGCCAACUUGAGUGCAACUGACUUGAUGAUACUCGCUCUGUGCGCUCCCGCGCGCGCGGUCACAUACUACAAGCGCACCUGGACACUCGGACUACUGGCUUGCAGAACUACAGAGUGGAUUCAGCACAGCUGUCUGGCGGUAAAAGCAUUUACACUGUUAGCUAUGAGUCAAGCACGGCAUAACUUUUCCAGUCAUCCCGAGGAGCAGUCAAAUUUCCGUCAAAAGAAUGUUGUGAUAACCUUAAUGAUCAUAUGGACGGUUGCGCUCGUGUUUCCGGUUCCUGAUAUCAUUUUUUCCAGGUUAAAAGAAGAGGGAAAAAUCAGUCUGUGUGUGUCCGAGUUAACAUCUCAAUCCCAAGAUGCAAUGCGAGUAUUCAGUAAGAUGCUACCAUUGGGCAUCUACGUUCUUCCCAUCAUCCUCUCUGCCGUGUGCCACAUCAGGACCAUCUUCCUCAUCAAACCGAGUUCCCGCGAGAAGUCUUCUCUUGCACGUCAGUAUGAGCAUUCUUUGAUGUACCUAAGCAUCAUCACCAUGAACACUCUGAUGAUGCUUCCCGAAUGGGUCUCUUGGGUGUGGAUACGCCAUGGUUCUGCCGAAAGCUGCAAACCUUCAGUCGGUUUGCUGAUCUUCGCUCAGGUGUGCAUUUACUUGAGUAGCACGUUAUUUCCCGCCAUUCUCCUCACCAUGCAUGUACCCCUCAGAAAGAGUCUUAGCAAUUUGUGUUCACUGCUGGCUUGUCGACGUGAUAAACACAGACUAAAACUUGAGGGGAAUGGAAAUGAGAUGCACACUGUGGUUAUGAAGGUGUUGGAUGAGCGAGGAUGUGUGACCAUAACAGGGAGGCAUUCAGAUGCAUCCUGUCAAACUCUCCCAGAUCUCGAGCACUUUUGGAGCGAACGGCGAAACACUACAGUCACAGAAGAUAGUGACCCGUUACCAUGGGAACGAAUGAAUCACAGCAAAGUUGAACUCUUACCUUUGACCUCUGUUAUACCCGUGUUGGAAAGUCCAGUUUAAGAUGAUAGCUGUGUUUUGGAGAAUGAUAGUUAAAUAUAGCUCGUCCAAGAUGGUAACCCACCAACCAACCAGCUGGUCAUACCAUCAUCAAGCUAGUUUUUGGAACAUGGUAGCUGGUUGCACAUGAAUAAUAUAAUUCUCCAUAAAACGUGACAGAUCUACUAAUAUUUUGUACAUCUGACACCCCAGAUAAUUAACUGUGCAGUCAUGUAUUGACUAAAUGUAUUGACUAUGAAAACCUUUACCUUUGCACAAGGCCAAAAAGGUUACAUUUCUUUUUUUAUGAAGUAAAUUAUCCAAUUGUCACUAGUCUGCUUCUGUUUUGGCUGUUGUGUAUUUAAUUAAUGUAUGUUCUGAAU